GGCAAUAGGCUCACCACCGGGACAAGGGACUUACAACAUAAAUUGUGAAAAUUUAUUAGAAUCCCUUCUUAAUUCAAGGCGGAAAAUCCAUGACUUCUCCCGCCUUGAAUAUUACGAGUCUUAUUGUGUUUAGUAACAAUAGAUACAUGAACAUGAAAUUCGGACUGUAUAUUCACUUUACCACCGUAAGUGUAGUAAGUCGCCGAACCAGACCCGUGCGUGAGGCGCGUUCCGUUCCGCGCGCCUCAAAGAGCCAUCAGAACAUCACAGAUGGGGCCCAGUAGGGCUGAUGCCUAAUCCGGAGCUGCGGACUACCUAGCGGGUUUACCGGGGCUCCGGCUUGACAAGCAGGAGUAGGAACGGGGUGGUUUUUAGUGAGUAAGAGUCUGACACUCCCUCUAGCCUUUCCCUGGCGAGAGAAGUCAUUGGAUGAUAUACCCCCUGAAAAAAAUAAAAAGGGGUCAAAAUAGAGGUGAUCGUUUUUAUAAAAGUUCAUCAUUAAGGAGUCUGACACUCAUUACCCAAUGCGGAAGAAGUAAUUAGAUGAUCCCCCUCAUAAAACCACUGCACCAAUCUUGCAGUCAAGAAAAAAAUCAACUUUUUCCAUUAUUUAAGCUUAACAUCAUUUGUUAUAUGGUCCUGAAAAAAAUCUGGGCUUGUACUUAUCAGGACCUAAUUAGUAGAUUUGAAUCUUGACAAAUAUCGCGUUUAUUCGAUAUGUGUAUAUCUUUAGAUUUCCUGUUUAUCCGUAUUAAGAAUAUACCUAGAAUAUACAUACUAUAUAAUUUUUUGUCACAUAUUUAAAUAAGUAGGUAAUCAGUGGUUUGGGUAUAAAUACAAGAUCUCAUCCAUCGACUACUCAUUCCAUAUCUUAGACAGCUGCAAAUUACACCUAAAUAGCAGUGCCAUAUUCGGACAUCAUUAAAAUUUCGUUUGAUUUGAGCGACUGUUAAACAAUAAAAUGUUUUCGAAGAUUUUUAUUAUUACCUUGAUUGUUGGGAUCGCCCGCGAAGCAACAGCAAUAGGCCAGGCUCCUCCCAAACCUGCAGCACUAGCUCACAAAAAAGGUUGUUACAUUAAAGAAAUAAAUGAUGUUAUACCUUAUGGACGCAGUAACAUUGCUGGACACUGUAUGGAAGUAGUAUGUAAAGAGGAGCGAACGUUCUAUUCUGCAUGCAGCACACAGCCGAAUACUGAUCCGAAUUGCAAAUUGUUGGCCGGUGACUCAUCUAAACCGUUCCCAGAAUGCUGCCCUAAGACCUGGUGCAAAACACAAGGAUAAAGGAUAUCGCUAAAAAACCACAUCUACCCAAUGUUUAAUGUACACACGAUAUUUUACAACAUUUUGGAAAAAACAUAACUGUUACAAGAUAUUACUUCCUACUUCCUCUUGUUUACUUUAAAUAAAUAAAGUUUAUGUAUUCAAAGUGCU